AUGGACCUCUCUGCCUGCACUGGCUUGGGCGAUGUGAAGCUCGUUUUGACGGACUUCGACUACACAUUCCUCAAUUCGGGCCAUGUUGCCUCAAAGGCCAACGCAAAGGCCUUUGGAGAGCUGACUGCCGCGGGGAUUACCGCAGCGGUUGCCAGCGGCAGGUCCAGAAUAGGGACAUUAUCGUGUCUUUCUUCCUCCUGUAAAGAUUUGAUGAGGUACAAUGGCUAUCCAGGCAUCUUUCUCAACGGUGGAGUGGUGUACGGGGAGGACGGAACGCUGCUCUCGCGUACAGACAUCACUGAUUCUGCACAGGCGGUGCUGCUAGAGAAGAUGAAGGAAAUGGGCAUAUUGCACAAUGUCUUGGGGUACACCCCAGAUCGCGUGAUAUGCAUUGAAAAGAAUGCCUAUACAUGGAAAAGUUCCUUAGAGUACAAAGAACCACCACCAGAGGUGCUGUCAUUUGACGAAUUUGCAGAAACAAAAUUUGUUAAACUUGUGGCUUGCAGUACAGUGGAAUCGACGGAUAUCGCCCGUCCUAUACUGGAAAAGGCAGUUAGAGGGCAUCUCCGGUGUGUCCGACCUCUCGAUUGGAACUUGGAGUUCAUAAACCCCUCAGUGUCCAAAGCCGUGGGGGCCAAAGUACUACUUGGAAGCUUAGGCUUAAGUCCCCACCAUCUAUUAGCCAUGGGCGACGGAGAAAAUGACAUCCAAAUUCUCAAGCUAGCAGGGAUCUCCGUGUCCGUUGCAAAUGCAUGUGAUGCUGCAAAAUACGCUGCACUCUAUUCCACAGUUAGCUGCGAUGACAGCGCUUUCCAGGUAGUUGCCGAAUGCGUGUUGAAGCCACGAAGACGAUGA